CUGAUUUGGGACAACCGCCUAAACAUACAGACGUGCCGAUUAACAUUUUAAUUAUGGGACCAAAAGAUCAACCUCCAGUUUUUGAUAUCAAGGAUGAGACUUAUUUCAUUCCUGAAAAUUCACCAACAGGUAAACUGUAAUUGCCCAUUUGAAAAUGGCAUCGAAGGUUCCAGUAUCAUACAAGAUCUUAUCAGAUAACGAGGAGAAUCCACAAUUUUUCGUUGAUAGCAUCGGCCAACUCACUUUAGCGCGCCCGUUGGAUUACGAAUCGGUAACUUCGUACAUUGUUGGCAUUUCCGCCGAAACCGAUUCCAGUCCUCCUCUCACCAGUUUAACCAACAUUAUCCUACAAGUACUGGACGAAAACGAUCACGCCCCUUUGUUCGAAAGCAGUCCAUACAUACUCAGUCUAGCAGAAAAUACAGACGAGGGCACUUCCAUCCUAAAAGUCAUAGCGCACGACGCUGACCAGGCCAGUAGAGAAUUGCGUUACAGUUUUGGAAGCGACGCCGGUGAUGUACUAAACAUAUUUGCAAUUGAUGCACAUACAGGGUGGAUCACGACACUUACCCCACUGGACAAGGAAAUUAAAUCCGAGUACAAAUUCCACAUAACAGCCACCGAUAAUGGUACACCUAAACAUACAGCUCGAACGACCGUCAUCAUUCGCUUGAAGGAUUACAAUGAUAGCCCUACCACAUUUAAAAAAUCAUACUACGAAAGCGCAGUUAACGAAGAUGCCUUACCUGGCACCGUUGUGCUAACACUGGAGGUGACCGAUGCCGACAUCGACCUUUCCACUCCCGUUAAUUACUUCAUCAUAUCUGGCGAUCCCAGUUCACAAUUUCAAGUUCGCCAAACUGGCGAAAUCUACGUUGCAAAAUCAUUGGAUAGGGAGUCAGUUUCGAAGUACGACUUACAAAUAAUUGUUACAGAUGGUUUAUUUACCGACACCACCAAAGUAACUAUAAACAUUCUGGAUGCCAACGAUAAUCCCCCAUAUUGCUUACGUCAUCGGUACCGGCAGGUACUCUCUGAAGGAAUACUCCCGGGUUCAUUCAUACUGAAUAUACUCGCAUCCGACAUGGAUGAUCGCGAAAAUUCAAAGUUGCGCUACAUUUUAACCGGUGAGGGAUCUGACCAAUUUUCCUUGGAUAAAGAAACGGGCUUCCUGAAGACUGUCACUACUUUAGACAGAGAACAGUGUCCGAAAUAUAUCCUAGUUGCGCAUGUACAAGACAAGGAUCACUCGGGUUGGGAAUGUUCCUCACAAAUCGAGCUUAUUAUUUCCGAUUUAAAUGAUAAUGCUCCCCAGUUUACCCUUCCCUAUUAUUCAGUUGCGUUACCUGAGGAUGUCGAAGUGGGUACACUUGUCACGAAAGUUCAUGCAACGGAUGCUGAUAUAGGCAUUAAUAGAAAAAUCAAAUACUCGUUCAUUGAUUCUUUUAAGAAUCACUUUAAAAUGGCCCCCGAUAGUGGAAUUGUCACCUUGGCAAAGCCUCUGGACAGAGAAAUUCGUGCAAUAUACAACUUGACGGUGCAAGCAAUCGAUCAGGGCACCCCGCGCAUGUCGUCGGUCGCCACUUUAAUAGUUAACGUCCAAGACAUCAACGAUAAUCCGCCGGAAUUCGCUUCCAAAUAUUACUUUGCCGUUGUCCCAGAAAUAAACGCAAUAGGCACGGAGGUAGUUCGAGUGCUGGCGACGUCUAAAGAUACCGGAGUCAACGCGGAAAUUUAUUAUUCCAUAAUCGGUGGCAAUGAACAUAAGAAAUUUUCCAUGGACAAGAAAACCGGUGUCCUCACAAUUUCGGAAAUGCUCGAUUAUGAAAGGGCUAAAGAUUAUUUUCUAACCAUUCAAGCGGUCGACGGAGGAACGCCACCUUUGAGUAAUAUGGCUACUGUGAAUAUUACAGUUACAGAUUGCAAUGAUAACGCGCCGAUUUUCUCGCAAGUCUCCUACGGCACGAGAAUAAGGGAGGAUGCUCAAAUUGGUGACAAGAUUUUGCAGGUGGUCGCAACUGAUUUAGAUAGUGACAAUAAUGGUCGCAUCACAUACUCAAUUUUGCGAGGCGACAACCACGAACAGUUUACUAUUGAUCAAGACACUGGAUACAUAUCAGUAGCGGCUCCUUUAGAUCGCGAGUCAAUAUCAAGCUAUGUACUGGAAGUUUUAGCUAAGGACAAUGGAUUACCGGUGCUCUCGCGGCAAGUUAUGGUCACCAUUGAUAUUUCCGACGCCAACGAUAAUCCUCCGUUAUUCACCCAAGCAAAUUAUACCGCGGUUGUGCAGGAAGACAAACCCAUCGGAUAUCCCAUACUAAAAUUCCUGAUCACCGACGAAGACGCGCCUCCAAACACGUCACCCUACACGUUCGACUUCCGUUCUGGAAACGAGGCUAACAUCUUCCGCCUGGAACAAGACGGCAUCCUGCGAACGGCCAUGAAAUUCAACCACAAAAUCCAAAACUCCUACUUGCUGCAAAUACGCGUUUUUGACAAUGGUACUCCGCCGCUAUUUUCCGAUACCUGGGUCAUAGUAAAGGUAAUAGAAGAGUCACAGUAUCCCCCCAUCAUCACGCCGUUAGAAAUCAACAUCAAUUCAUUCCUGGACGAAUAUCCCGGAGGAGUCAUUGGAAAGGUAUUUGCGAACGACCAAGACCGCUAUGACACCUUGACCUACUCUCUAUCGCCCACAAUGGGAAUUCCCUAUCCGACACACGAGCUAUUUCGGAUCGAUCGGACCGACGGUACACUGACCGCUUUACCACGGUUAGAUGUCGGCGACUAUCGCCUGAAUGUUACCGUUACCGAUGGCAAAUACUACGCCCAUACCAUUGUAAAGGUUAAUGUCGAAAUUUUAUCGGAAGAUAUGUUGGAAAAUGCGGUGGUGGUGAGAUUUCGGGAAGUAAGUCCGGAGGCGUUUAUACUUAGCCAUAGGAAGGGUUUUGUACGAGCAGUGCGUAACGCGAUGAAUUCGCGAUUGAAAGAUGUUAUUAUUAUAAGCGUACAGCCGUCGAGUGACGAUCUUAACUUGAGGGCGCGGCGGCAAGUCGUCAUGAAUAAAGACUUGGACGUGCUGUUCACUGUGCGCAAGCCCGCCGACGGUUUCUACCCAACGGAUUCCGUCCGUAAGGCUCUCAAUGACAAUUUGGAAGAGUUGGAGGAGAGCACGAAGUUGGUCGUCGAGGAGAUCGUGCAUUUGAAGUGCACAAAUUCAUAUUGCGACUACGGUUUCUGUCAGGACCAUUACUACCUGGUACCACUUAUCGAGCCGAUUUCGACUGACGUUACCAGCUUUGUUUCCCCGCGACACAGUCAAAAGCUGGAAUGCAUCUGUAAGGAGGGAUACGGCGGGGAGCGAUGUGACACGAUCGUCAACGAGUGCGCGAAACAGCCGUGCCCAGUUUACAAAUUGUGUAUACCUGACGCGUCCGUGCAAGGAUAUUCUUGCCAAUGUCCUGAAGGUUUCGCCGGAAAUAUGUGCGAUGUUGAUAUAUCAAAGUGUCACGAUGAGACCUGUUACAUUGCGAGAAAUCCCAUUUCGUUUACCGGCAAGAGCUACUCGCAGUAUCGGAUUAUAAACAAGAAGUCUAUUGAGGAUCAACUUAGUCUCAGUUUACGAGUUCGGACUGUCCAGCCAACGGGUAAUCUAAUGUAUGCCUCGGGAAAAGUUGAUUAUAAUAUACUAGAGAUAAUUAAUGGAGUGGUCCAGUACAGAUUCGAGUUAGGCAACGGAGAGGGGGUGGUUCGCGUCGAUACUAUUUUUGUAUCCGACGGUCGGUGGCACGAGAUCAAACUGGAACGGGAGCGGAACUCCGCCAAAAUUAUUGUGGAUGGCAUUCACAUGGCGCAGGGGUCGACGCCGGGAGUCAGUGACAUUUUAAAUCUUCAAAGUGAUGAAAUGUAUCUUGGAGCGGAGGUGCAUCAGCACCCUUCCAUUCUUGGAUUUGAGGACAUUCAGCGUGGCUUUAUCGGUUGCAUGGACGAUGUGCGAAUUGCGCGCAUCUCGGUACCGUUGCAUAAAUCUGGAGAUAACUCGAUUGCGGUACUGAAACGAUUUGCGAAUGUGGAAUUCAGUUGCGAUACGUCUGUAAUUUUGGUACCGCCCGGACCAUGUGGAUCGCAGCCUUGCAUGAAUGGUGGCACUUGUAAAGAUACUGGUACCGGGUAUGAAUGCCAAUGUCAUUCGCGAUUCACUGGAGUAAUGUGCGAAAUUGAUACCGAUCCGUGCGCCUCCGGUCCAUGUUUGUAUGGUGGAAAGUGUAUCGUGAAUCUGGUAGGCGACUAUACGUGUAAUUGUGUUUUGAAAUUAUCUGGGAAACGAUGCGAGUAUGGCAGAUUUUGCAUGCCAAACCCGUGCAAACACGGUGGUGUGUGCGAAGAAGGCGAUGACAUGCCUUUAUGUAAAUGCCGAAACUUUAUGGGUGAGUUCUGUGAGUUUGAUGUAAACGAGUGCGAAUCGUCUCCUUGCCAAAAUGGUGGCACUUGCAGAAAUGAAAUUGGUAGCUUCCAUUGCAUCUGUCCACCGAAUACGACGGGUCCUUACUGUGCUAAUUCUAUUUAUUCGACACCAAUAACCUCUAACAUUUAUAGUAUUACAUGGGAAGAGCUGAUUGGAAUCGUGAUUGCUGUCGCUGUUAUUGUUGUUCUAGUUGUUAUAUUUGUAAUUUACCGCUGCUGUCGAGCAAGACGUUCUCGUCAGCGUGGUAACAUGAUCAACAACGACACUAGGAAAGAUCAGGUUGUUUUAAACUCGACGCGUCCACAUGAAAUGACAGAAUUUAAGCGAGGAUCUAAGCUGAGCAACUUGGAAAUCAAUCAACGUGAUGUACCAUUACGUUCUGCACGACCUCUAUCUUAUACUCCAACAACUCAAAAUGAUUUACUGUAUAACUGCAAUAAUACAGUGUUGUUUAACAACUUGGAUACUCUCCAAAGUUAUGGUUCAGCAGGCGAUGAGCUCGAAAAUGUUCCUCCGGAUUAUGUUCGCAAUUUGAACGUCAACACUCAACAAACUGGAUUAGGCAAUCAUUGUGACUCGGAGAAAAGUACAUGGGCGGAGCAAAUGCAGCUAGCGUCAACGUACGACAAACCAAGAAUUAAAAAUGAUUUAAAAUUGUCAAGUCCAGUUAACUGCGAUGUGCCAAACCGUCUCUAUGGUGGAAGGAGUAACCCCAUAUCAAACAGAAACACUGACGACGAUCCGCGCUCAAUUGGUACGUUUGCAGGUUAUCACUGGGAUUGCUCCGACUGGGCGCGCCAUAGUCAGACGCUUCCAAACAUUACUGAAGUACCGGGUAGUGAGGUUCCUGAUUCUUCCAGCUUCCACAGUAACGAAAGUAACGAAUCGCGUUGCCAUCACAUGCCGCCGGUUCUCGGCCCGAUUGAUCCGCGCAGAGAUAUCGAGACUUUAAAUGAGGAUUUAGAAUCUGAAUGUCUAGCAGACAGUGAAUGCGAACCGCAUACCAUUAGCCCAAGCUUAAAUGCCUUAGAUAGCGGAAAUGAAGAAUUUCGAUUCACCACAGUGCCUUUAAAAAUUAAUAAACCAAAUAGUUAUAUACGGCAUCCCAAUUCGUAUUUACCGACGCACGGGUACAAUAUUCCUAGCGAAACGGAAGGAGACUGCGUUCACAGCCCGGGUGCCGAAUCCGACGAUGUGGAACCGUACGGUUUUCCCAGCAUUCGUAACCGAAGACCUUGCGAUGAUGACGAUAUCGGAUCUGUCAUUACAACUUUAGAAGAACGACAUUCGUUGUUAGGAGGGUUUCCCAGCAAUAGUGACAUCUCUACAAAUCUCUGCGAAAUAGAAGAUUCCGAAUGUGAGGGGGAACAAAAACCCUUAAAUUAUCUAUCUAUCCAUCAAACCGAAGUCUGACAAAUGAUCACGAAGGGUUCCACAUUCAAGAUUCGACUUCCCGGAUAACGUGGGUGCCCACUUGUGAACAAUAGACAAAGUUAAGUUGACCAUUAAUGGAAUUGACCGUAAUUAUCACCAUAGAUUUUGCAUAUCAUGACGAACGUUAAUCGGCGAUGUAUAUAAAUUAUAAAUAUUAGAAACUAUUUUUUUAUGAAUGAUUGAGUGCGCUUUUAAAUAUAUAUAGUUUAAGUGAAUAAAAAUCACAGUUCCUGUGGUUUCCCCUAACUAUUGUUAUUUGAUCGAAAGUUUGAGAAUUAAAAAAAAUCGACGCAUGUAUCAACGGAAAUAAGUGUAGACGUAUACUAAAAAAAUUUUGUAAGUUUUAUAAAUGUUACGUGUUUUUUAUUUAUAAAAUUUCUAUGGAUAAAUGAUGUGCCUAAAGAGCAGCUAUAAUUUAAGGCAGCUCUAAUUAACCGUAAAUGGUUAAAAUUAUUUAACUAUUCACUACUUUCUUUUGUAAGUUAAUGUUUGGUACCAUCUUUAGUCCUAUUUUGCAUGUGAUAAUUUGUUUGUAAUGUCGUAGGUUAAUUUAUUUAGGUUAAUUUUUUUAAUAAUUUGUACUGUAUUUUAAUUCCUUUGGAAAAUAAA